CAAAACGAAAAUGUGUUCAAGAAGAACAUCGUUGGUUUUAUACAUUCUCUUAAUCUUUCAUCUUCAGCACAAUUUUCCUUCUAUUAGUUCAAGGUCUGCCUCUGUUGAUGUGUACUAUGAGAGUUUUCCUCUCAGAGCCACAAAAUCAGAUGUUGAUGGUUUUGAAGGAAAAGGACAAGAAUUAGCCGCAGUUACAAAAAAUGGAAGCGGUGGAGGAUGGCGUGGUGGCGACUGUGGAAGCACCGGAAUAGGAGGUGGUGGAGGAUGGUGUGGCACCAGAAUAGGAGGUGGUGGAGGAUUGCAUGGCUGUCGUGGUGGCUGUGGCGGCACCAGAAUAGGAGGCCGUAGAGGAUUGAGUGGUUGGUUUGGCUCCAGAAUAGGAGACAGAUUGCGUGACUGGUUUGGAUCCCCAAUAGGAGGCGGCGGCGGCCACGGUGACAGCGGUGGUAACGGUGGCGGCGGCCACGGUGGCGGCGGCCACGGUGGCGGCGGCCACGGUGACAGCGGUGGUAACGGUGGUAGCGGUGGCGGCGGCGGCCACGGUGACAGCGGUGGUAACAGUAGUAGCGGCGGCGGCGGGGGUAAUGGCGACGGCGGCGGCGGUACUGGAAUAGGAGCCGGCGGAGGAUUACCUGGUGGCAAUGGAGGCGGUGGAGGAUUUCCUGGCAUCGGCGGUAGCGGAAUAGGAGGAGGUGGAGGAUUUCCUGGCAUCGGCGGUAGCGGUGGUGGUGAAGGAUUUCCUGGCAUCAGCAGCGGAAUAAGAAGCGGAAUAAGAAGUGGAAUAAGAGCCGGUAAAAACUUACCUGACGGCAACGACAGUGACAACGGAACAGAAAGCAGUGGAAGAUUACCUGGCGGUGACAUCGGUGGUGGCAGCGGCGGUGGCAGCGGCGGUGGCAGCGGCGGUGGCAACGAAAUAGGAGGCAGUGGAGGAUUGCCUAGCGGCGGUAAUACUGGUGGAUCUCACCGUUCAAGCAGCAGCCGUAAUACUCGAAGGGGAGUGUGCACUGUCUGUUGGUUGAGUUUAUUGGUUUUAGUCGGUUUAUUAUUGGUUUAG